UAGUUGUGUGGUGGAUGAGAUGGAUUUCUCAGGGAUGGAGCUGGACGAGGCUCUGAGGAAGUUCCAGGCUCACAUCAGAGUCCAGGGAGAGGCCCAGAAGGUGGAGAGACUGAUCGAGGCCUUCAGUCAGCGGUACUGCAUGUGUAACCCGGACGUGGUGCAGCAGUUCCACAACCCCGACACCAUCUUCAUCCUGGCCUUCGCUAUCAUCCUCCUCAACACAGACAUGUACUCACCCAACAUCAAGCCUGACCGCAAGAUGAUGCUGGAGGACUUCAUACGCAACCUCCGUGGGGUGGAUGACGGCGCUGACAUUCCCAGAGACAUGGUGGUGGGCAUCUAUGAGAGGAUCCAACAGAGAGAGCUGCGCUCCAAUGAAGACCACGUCACCUACGUCACCAAGGUGGAGCAGUCCAUCGUGGGCAUGAAGACAGUUCUGUCUGUUCCCCACAGAAGAUUGGUGUGUUGUAGCCGUCUAUUUGAGGUGACGGACGUCAACAAGGCCCAGAAACAGGCAGCCCACCAGAGAGAAGUCUUCCUCUUCAAUGAUCUUAUCGUGAUCCUGAAGCUCUGUCCGAAGAAGAAGAGUUCAGCAGCCUACACCUUCUGUAAAGCCCUGGGCCUCCUGGGAAUGUACUUCACACUGUUUGAGAACGAGU